CGCCCCUGGGGCCCUGGGUAUUUUUAGCGUUGUGACCUGGGCGGCAGCUCUAAGAGUCUUUCUCUGGAGUCCGCGUCAGCGUCUCCCUUCUCCAAGGCCAGCCGCGGCCACAUCAGCUCCUGGCACUUCCUUGGCCGUGCCUGGCUCAUUGAUUUUGGGUUCCUCAUGAGUUACCCCAGUGCUUGAAGACCUGGCCAAGAGCUGGGAUACACUGUGUCCAGAUGAGGUUUUUGGAGGAUGACAAUUUGGUCCUCACCCUAGACAUUUUCCUGCUCCUGGUGAUGGGUUCAGAGCAGUGUACCAGGAAUGAGAGGGAACGAACAGGGCUGUGGUGGUCUGCAAAAUUCAGCACUGGGAGUCCAGAGGCCUGGUCUGCACUACCCAGGCCCCACCCUUCUAGUUGGUACUUGGGGAAGGUGAUAAGCCAAACAGAUGUGUGAGAGAGGAGAACAAUCUCACAGACCGGAGGAAAGGUGGCCGGUUCUCCAAACAGCUUUCCUUCACGGAGUCUUGCCAUGCAGUGUUACAAGGGCUGACAUGGACCCGAAUCCACGAGCAGCCCUGGAGCGCCAGCAGCUGCGUCUCAGGGAGCGGCAGAAAUUCUUCGAGGACAUUUUACAGCCAGAGACAGAGUUUGUCUUCCCGCUAUCCCAUCUGCAUCUCGAGUCACAAAGACCCCCCAUAGGAAGCAUCUCGUCCAUGGAGGUGAAUGUGGACACACUGGAGCAGGUGGAAUUUAUUGACCUUGCGGAUCAGGAUGGAGCAGAUGUGUUCUUGCCUUGUGAGGAUUCUCCACCAACUCCUCAGAUGUCUGGAGUGGACAGCCAUCCAGAGGGGCUGAGCCUGCCGGUACCCACGCCAGACAGGACCACAUCCCGAACCUCCUCCUUGUCCUCUGACUCGUCCAACCUGCGCAGUCCAAAUCCAAGUGAUGGGGGAGCAGACACACCCUUGGCACAGUCUGAUGAGGAGGACGGGGAUGAUGGAGGGGCAGAGCCUGGACCCUGCAGCUAGCAGUGGACCUCUUGAAGACUGAUCAGUCUGGCUGUUCUCAGUGGGAGGAGGUCCCAGGCCCAGCAGAGCACAUGGAGAAGACCGGACCCUUUCUUGGCCAUCAGCACAAAGGGAGGAGAGGAUGGCCGACGGUGGACUGAGAAUUAGCCUUCCCCCGCUUUCUGCUAACUUUCUCCUGCUACAACCCUCCCACCAGUGGUUUUCUUCUGUGGUAGGACUUCCAAAUGAGAAGCGGGAAGAUGAGGUAGGACAAGAUGCCACUGCUUUCUUAGUACCCCUCCUGCCCCCAAAUGACCCUGUAGUCUUCCACUAGAGUCUCCUAAGUCAGUGUCUCUGAAGGGAAGUUCUGAGGAGUUCCACUUGGCACGCUGUGAGGUUGUACUGCAGUAAUCCUGCCUCUUUAAGUCCUUUUCGGAAGAGGGUAUAGUAUAAAUAAUAAACUAUAAUAUACCACUCA